AUGAAACGUAAAACAAUAACAACGAUAAUUGAUAUUGAAUAUGAUGAAAUGGAUAUGUAUUUGUAUGAUGGAAAUGAAUAUGAAAGAAUUGAUAGAAUGAAAUAUUUAAAAGAAGAAGAAAAGAAAAUAAUUGAAGAAAUCAUUUCCAAUGAUAAGAAGAAUGUGAAAAUUAGAAAAGAAAAUAUUAAAGGAGUAGAAAUGAUGAUUAAACCAGAAAGUAAAUUAACAAUGAUAUUCAAUAAUAUUAAGAAAGAAGUAGAAAAGAAAGGAGAAAAUGAAAGAACAAUCUUUUGUAUUCCUAAUGGAACAAGUCAAGGAAAUGAAAGAAGAAUAGAAAAUUCAACAAAACUUGGAAGAUUAAAUAAUGUACAAAUCAUACGGAAAUAUCAUAUAAUUGAAAGAAUACAUUCAGAAGAAUAUAACAUAGAAACACCAAUUCUUAUCAUAGAAAAUACAGAAAUAACAUAUGGAAAUAUUAAAAAAGAAAACGAUAAGAUAAAAAUAAGAAUAAUAAAUACUAUAAGAACAAACAAUAGAAUAGAAGAAAAUAAAGAAAUUAAUAGAAUAACAACAGAAGAAAAAGAAGAAAAUGAAUAA